AUGGUGGUGCCUGAUUCCACCCUCAUUGCAGAAAUCAUACUCUUUGGAGAAGGCUUCAAUAACUGCAAGGUCCUAGCCAAGAAGGUCUACACCUUGUACUCAUUGGCCAUGCAGCAGCUCUCCAAGCACUAUGAUUUUGGCCUCUGGGCACUCACUUCUCUGCUCCGUUACAUGGGAAGAAGCGCAGGGUUCGGCCUGACCUUACAGAUGAGGAGGCUCUUUAAUCAUCUCUUCUGCUUUGGUUCCUUCUUAGGUUCUCCUCAUGACAUGAAUAUAGCCAAACUGACAUCCAGUGAUGUGCCCCUCUUCAACGCCAUCAUUCAGGACCUCUUUCUGGGCAUCGAAUGCCCUGUCAUUGAUUAUGGAAAGGAAGUGCUUGAGCAGGAAUUGAGGGAAAUGGGGCUUCAGGUGAUCCCCUUCACUAUAACCAAGGUGAUCCAGCUGUACGAGACCAAGAACUCCCGCCACUCCUCCAUGAUUGUGGGCAACACAGGCAGUGGCAAGACUGUUACCUGGCGUGCCUUGCAAGCUACCCUCUGUAGCCUGCACAAGAGCGGAGACCCCACCGGCAACAUAGUCCGG